UCUGCAAUGAUCUCCUGCAUCAACGAUCGAUUCGGUUUUAAAGAAAAAUCUAAUUUGAGAGGUGAAAUUGAGCAUUCAUUAACGGGGGAGAUUGAUGAGGAAUGUUAUGAGGAGAAAGAAUUAGAAGUUGGGGAGAAGUACUGGAGGUGGUGGAGGGAGGGGGUGGAGUCCAACAGCGUGCGUGCAUGGCGGACGGUGCCGCAUCGCUGCAUGCCCCACAUCCAGAGGUACUACACAAGUGGAGGCGCCGCCGAAGAUGACCAGCAGGGACGACGGUACGAGAGGGAUGUGGACUUGGUGGUGGAGGAAAUAAAGGAGUAUGCGAAUGGGGUCGUGGUGUCGGAUGACGGCAUGGAUGCCUGGGUCUUGGACGUCGACGACACGUGCAUCUCCAAUCUCCCCUACUACCAGUCCCGCCGCUUCGGGUGUGACCCAUUUGAUGCAGAGACUUUUGUGGCAUGGGCAAUGAAAGGGGAAUGCCCAGCUAUUCCUGCAGUGCUUAAAUUGUUCAAACAAUUGGUUGAAAGUGGGUAUAAGGUUUUCCUAGUGACUGGCAGAGAUGAACUCACUCUUGCCCAACCCACUCUUUCUAAUUUGCAUAAUCAAGGAUUUAUUGGCUAUGAGCGCCUAAUUAUGAGGAAUAGUUGUACAUCCAAGAAACAAAGUGUUAUCAUGUACAAGUCUGGAAUUCGACAAGCGUUAGUAGCACAAGGGUAUAGAAUAUUGGGAAAUGUGGGAGACCAAUGGAGUGAUCUCGAAGGUGACUGCUCUGGCAAUUGCACUUUCAAAAUCCCAAAUCUUAUGUAUUUUGUUCCAUAAGCUUCUGUUGCUGCCUAAAAAUCGAGCAACCUUCGUGGAUCGUUCCUUGAUCAUGACUACCUAAAAAAGGUCAAGUAAAAAUGACUUGGAGG